AGAUUAAUAGAAUUAGAUGCUGUGGUGUUUGGUUGGGGUAGGUCGGGCGUUGAAAUUCUGUUUUUUACUUUGUUUUUGUUUAGUUUAUCUCAACAUCUUUCGUCCUCGAAAAUAAAGAUGAUAUGGUCAAUUAUGGUGCUGUUAAAAUCUAGCUGUGCAAUUUAUUUCUUUUAAAUCGCACGUGUAUUAUCAUACACCCUGUAAUAAUGAUAACGGGCACACAGCAAAAACAAAGAAACCCUUUGGUCUUUCUAGAUAUAUCAAUCGAUGGCGAAAAAGCCGGUCGGAUAGUCAUAGAGUUAAGGUAUGAUGUGGUGCCCAAAACUGCAGAAAACUUCCGUGCCUUAUGCACUGGCGAGAAGGGGAUUGGUGUUCACGGUAAGCCCUUGCACUUUAAGGGCUGCAGAUUUCAUAGAGCGAUAUCGCAGUUCAUGGUACAAGGCGGCGACAUAAUCAAUGGAGAUGGCACGGGCAGCGAGAGCAUCUAUGGCCCGACGUUUGAUGAUGAAAACUUUAAAAUUAUUCAUGACACGGGCGUAGUGAGCAUGGCCAACGCUGGACGGGACACCAACGGCUCGCAGUUCUGCAUCACCACGGUGCCGUGCCCGCAGCUGGACGGGACCAACGUGGCGUUCGGUCGUGUGCUAGCUGGACUAGGCAUUGCCAUGGAGAUCCAAAGCCUGGCCGAUGACGGACAGAUAACUGUGGAAUGUGUAAUAGAAGACAGUGGAGAGAUCACUGAGGAGAGUUGGGAUGUGUGCUGCAGAGAUGGCACUGAAGACCAUCUGCCUGAGUAUCCAGAGGAUUUACGACUAAACCUUACUAUAGAAGAGCUGAUGAGCAGCAUUCGGCAAGUGAAGUGCGUCGGCAACGCGCUGUUCGGCGCCGCGCGGUACCGGGCGGCGGCGCGCAAGUACCACAAGAGCCUGCGCUUCCUGCGCCACGCGCGGGACGUGCUCGCCGACGGGACGAAGGGACUACACACAGACUAUAAUGAAGACAUAAGGACAUACAAGUUACAAUGCAACCUCAACCUGGCAGCUUGCUUUUCUAAAAUAGAAGACUACAGAUCCUGCAUCACAAGCUGUUCUGCGGUGUUACGCAUAGACUCGGACAACGAAAAGGCCUUGUACCGGCGCGCCCAAGCGAACUUCGCCCUCCAGAACUACGAGGCGGCCAUCAGUGACCUUCGGCGCGCCGACGAAGUCUCCCCCAAGAACACAGCAGUGCUGAGACUGCUGGAGGACGUCCGCCACUCCUACAAGAGAUACAACGAGGUGCAGAGACAGCGGCUGUCAAAGAUUUUUCGUGACUAAAAAGAGGAGAGCCUCAACGCCGGAGAUCACCGAGAUACGGCUGAAGGUUAUGAUUUUCAAGGUUUUUUGAUAAUUACUAUGGUUUUUGCUAUUUUGAGGGCCUCAACGCCGGAGAUCACCGAGAUACGGCUGAAGGUUAUGAUUUUCAAGGUUUUUUGAUAAUUACUAUGGUUUUUGCUAUUAUGAGGGCCUCAACGCCGGAGAUCACCGAGAUACGGCUGAAGGUUAUGAUUUUCAAGGUUUUUUGAUAAUUACUAUGGUUUUUGCUAUUUUGAGGGCCUCAACGCCGGAGAUCACCGAGAUACGGCUGAAGGUUAUGAUUUUCAAGGUUUUUUGAUAAUUACUAUGGUUUUUGCUAUUUUGAGGGCCUCAACGCCGGAGAUCACCGAGAUACGGCUGAAGGUUAUGAUUUUCAAGGUUUUUUGAUAAUUACUAUGGUUUUUGCUAUUUCGAGGGCCUCAACGCCGGAGAUCACCGAGAUACGGCUGAAGGUUAUGAUUUUCAAGGUUUUUUGAUAAUUACUAUGGUUUUUGCUAUUUUUAGGGUCACAGAUGUCACACAACUAAAGAUAAACUCGAUCUUUAACAACAAACAAAUUAGAAAUGAAGGUAGAAAACGCGUGUUAUUUCAUACCUAAUUUAUUUUAAAUUAUGUUUAUUCAAAGGAUAUUAAAUAAUAUCUCAUUGUCCUAAUCUUAUUAAUAAAAGGAGAUGGUCCAAAAUUGUAUGGAGCCCAGGAUCAGUCAUUGUACCCUGGCGAAAAUAAAAGAAGAUAUUUUUUUUAACUAUUUUCGAUUAUACAAAACUACUAAUUUUCUUUAAUUCUUUCGAAAUAAUAUUCAUUAUCUCUCAAGAAAUGCAACACUAAUAUGGGUAAUAAUGGCGGAUAGAUGACGUUUUCAAUGCAGUAAUCGAUUUGACAUUUGCUGUCAAUUGUCAUGUCAUAGUUGCUCUAUGGGCGCCAUCUUGAUAGAACUCAAAAACUUGAGUUUUUAUUUUAUUUAUUUCUUUUUAUUUAGUUACUUUUAUUCACUUUAAUAAAUUUUAACCUGAAAUAGACCAUCUCCUUUAUUUUCAUUAUUAUUAGUUGUGUAAUGACUAGCGAUUUAUACCCUCAUUAUUAGUUUGUUUGUUUAUAAACAGUGCACAUCGAGCUUGGCUUUAGUAUAUAUGUGUCUUUGACCACAAUGAAAGCAAUUUUUUGACAUUUAUUGAAGUAAAAUCUCUUUACGCACUCUUGAGAAGUUCGUGAAAAGUGUAAUCGGUGAAGUGUUCGUGCUGCCAUCUACAGGGACAGUGAAACAGUGUUUGUUAUUUCAAACUACCACUAGAUGGCGUUCUUAGAGAACUUUGAAACUAACCCUUUUCUGUACUUGCGAUGUAGUUAUGCCUGAGGCCCAUAGAUGGCACUUUGUUUUUGAUAGAAGUUUUGCUUUAGUUGUGUGCUCAAUAGUAGCUACACUCGUUUUUUGGCGACAAGGAACGAUAUUUUUUGAAAUUUGCUUACAGUUUUGAGGGUAGUUCAAUUACAGAUGUCGCGAACUAGUUGGCUGUAUCUUUGGCGACAAGGAAGAAUAUUUUUUCACAAUUACUAUUCGUUUUGGUUUUUGUAAUUUCAAGGGUAGUUAGUUCGGUUAAAGAUGUCGCGGAAUAUCGAGGGUUGGCGACAAGGUUCAAUGAUUUGCCAUUUCUUUUGAUUUUCGCAAUUUUGAGUCGUGCGAUAUAUGAACGAAAAAAUUCGUGGCGAUGGAAAAAAGUUCACAUUAAAAACGGAUUAGAAAUUAUUUUUAUCGGACUGGAUUUGUGAUUUUUAAAACUAAUUAAUUGUACACUGCCAUUCAUUAUAAUUGAAAUUAAAUUGUUAUUAGCUAUGAUUAUUAUGGUUCCUUAUGGUCUACGCACACUAUUCAACAAUAGUAGACAAUCGGGUUAUAUGUUUUAUAGCUUAGCACAACACUCCCGAUGUUGCGCGCGGGCCGGGGGGCGUGUAGCGAUGAAUGAAAAACCCACGACUGAUGCACGUCACUUCCCCGCACGCAAGAAUUCACACCCGCGAAGUCUUUACCCCCGUCGCCCGCAUAUCAUGGGAGUGUCAUCAAUGAACUUGCCAGAUUAUCAGCUGCCUAUAAAAAGGACCCAUAAGACAGUUUGGUAUUUGGCUACCAUUAAAUAUAUUGAUAAACCUUUUUUUAGAUAUUUACGGCAACGUUGCCCCUAUGUCUCCGAAAGUAGUCACUCUGACGGCCUCAGUGGUAUGUGCGGUGGAUUAACAAAGCGGAGGUGCUGGGUUCGAUCCCCGGCUGAGAAGAUUGAAGUUUACUUUUACUUUGAUCCAGGUCUGGCUGGUGGGAGGCUUCGGCCGUGUAUAGUUACCACCCUAAUGGUAAAAUGUACCGCCAAGCGAUUUAGCGUUCCGGUACGAUGUCGUGUACAAACCGAAAUAGGUGUGGAUUUUCAUCCUACUCCUAAAAGUUAGCCCGCUUCCAUCUUAAAUUGCAUCAUCACCUACCAUCAGGUGAGUCGCAGUCAAGGGCUAACUUGUAAAAGACAAUGUUAUUUCUACAAAAUUGUUCUACUAUACUCAGAGGCACAAUUAUCCGCCCACUUUAGUAUGACGCGAGUAUAUUAGCAUACUUUUAAUGUACACAAUAAUAAAAAAAUGUGCGUCUCGGGACCGUAUGCAUGAUAAAGGGAUGCCAGACAGAGUGGCGCCGUAACGCGUUACGUUACAAAGCGGCUUACCAUCCCUUAAGCUAUCACUUAAAAAUUUAAAAACCCCAAUUUUGGGUUCCAUUCUAUCCGAUUUCUAUACUAUUUUUGAAAAGUGUGUGGAAGCCCAUUAGUUCGAUAUUAUUGGUUUAGGUAAAUUUUUUCGUAUGUUAUUUUUGGCGGUGUCCAAAAAUCUUUUGUUGUUAUAAUUAAUUAUUAUAUUAUCACGUGUACGUGAAAAUAUAUAAUGAUAAUAAACUCAUUUUUAUGUAAAAAUCACUGCUUAUAUAACACACAAAAAAAAUGAUUUUAUUGAUUUGAUAGUAGAGACUCGAGAUACAUAAUUACCCUGCAAUUUGAUUGAGAAUUUUGUAUUUUCUAAAUUGAGUCUUCCCUAAAAAACAUGAAAUUCAUAUAACCUACAAUAUUAUAGACAAUCCCCAACCGCUAAAUUAUCAUAAUAUAAUAAAAAAUAAACUGUGAGUUUUUUAAAUUUUAUUAAUCUGAAAAUUCGCGUUUAAGUAUUUUAAGAUCGUUGAUAAAAGACAAUAAGUCUAAAACGUGAUAUUUGGCGUUAGAAAUUAAAAAAAAAGUAGGUUAUUCAUGUAUAAGUUGACACAAAUUGGUGCUUUGUUUUUUAUGUUCACGUUAAUUCGAAUAUAAUAAUUAAGUUAUUGAAUUAGUGAUAUUUACGAUUUUAUGUAGGCUAUCCCCUCUCCAUAAGAAGGAAGUACCUACCUCUAGUGGGCCUUUAAAAUAGGCCUAUAUUAAUGAUGAUUAUAUUUACUCAAACUCAAAAUUAAUUCAUUUCAAAUAGGCUUAGUUUACAAGCUCUUUCGAAACGUCAAGUAAUAAUAUUAAAAUUAAGACAAUGGUGAUAAUAAUUAUUCGAAAACCUAAAAAUAAAGUUAAAGUCACGAGGGUUGCAAAGGCAUCAUUUAGUAUCUAAAUGUCCCAAAAAAUAUGAAAGUAGAUCUUGUCACGGCAUUUUUUAAUACUAAGAACAUAAAUUGGAUUUUUCUUAUGAUGAAAAUUAGCUUAAAGUUUAAAACCCCAUCUCUAUAUAAAUCGAAGUCUGCAAUAUUUAUUCAAUAACUUCGUUUGUUGAUAUGUUGAUCUCUUGACCUUGAUUCGUAUUAUUUGACUUAGUGAUUUCUAUUUUAAUUGAUAUGAAUUAUUUUUAUUUCUCGUUGCUAAUGAAGUCUAUACUAGAUUUGACUGAUUGGUUUAGAUUAUACGGUUUAAAGGUUAUGUAGUAUUUUGUGAUUCUGAUAAAUCUAUCCCACUUCUGAUCUUGGACGAUUUACAAAGAUUGUCCCUUUUAAAGCCUUUUAUAUAAUACAUUAAGGGCUUUAUCCGCCAUUAAGAGCAACUGUAUGAUUACUGAUCUUGGAAAAAAAUACGACAAUUACCCAAAAUAUUUAACAAAAUAGUGUGUAUGAUCAAGCGGCUCAUAAAUAACUAAGCAAAAUGCAUAUAUUUGAUAUAUCCGUCGAUUUGCCGCCCCCUUUUCGACGUUCUGUGUAUGUGAUUGUGCCUAAUUAUUUAUAUAUUAAUUGACAAAAAAUAUGCCAAAAUGGAAUUUAGGCAUUCUUGCAUAUAUUUUUUAUUAUUUUUUUUAGAUCACUCUUUAAGUAACUUAUGAAUAUUAUGUAAUUGCAAUUUUUGAUAAGUCUUAUUAGGAUAAUCGAAAAUUUAAAUUGUAAGCUUUAAAUGUAAGUUAAACUAUUAUUUUGUAGCGGUUAUUGUUACUAAUUGUUUUAGUAUCUUUCGGAUAAUUAAUUAAUCUGUGGUGUGGCCAUAAUUCCCUGUCAUCCCUUACUAUAUAAUAAACUAAUUAAAAAAAAAUAUGUUGCUUGCAACCUUUAUCAAUAUGACCAUAGUUGCAACACUUUACACAAUGAAAAAUUAUAUACUAUUCUUGUCACUGGCACUAGCAGCCUACUAGCUGAUUAUAGUUUUUAUAUUUCUUAAUGGUCUAAGAGCCGGCAUAAGGAAUAUGUACGCUCAUCUGUUAUUUAUUUGAGAUAAGAAAUAAAUGAUGGAAAAUAUUCAUGCUUGAUUACUAUGACAACUAAAUAACUGAUGAGGAUAUUUAUUUAACAUUAAUUAACUGUUUAUAUCUGGCAACCCUGUGGCAGUGUGAAAUCAGGCAACCUUUACGUUUUCAAUUCGGUUGGGUAUAUUAUUUUAACUAGUGUACGAUUUUUAUUAAUUAAGCAAAGAGGGAAGUAAAUAAAAUAAAUAAAAAAAACUAAUCAUAUAAUACUUACCGGGCGCUAUUUCACUAGAUAAUCUAUUUGCAAUGUGUCAAUGUGAAUAUUUUUCAUCACUUAUUUCUUAUCCCAAUUUAAUAACAGAUGAGGGUAUAUAUUCCUUACGCCGGCUCUCAUACUAUAAGUAUUGUGCAGUAUGCUAGAAAAUAUAGUUAUAAAUGUACAGUGGAAUACGUGAUAAGUUAUAUAAUUAGUUGAAAUUCUUAAAGGAGUGUACCACCUAAGGCCUGAAAGGCAGCGUUCAUUUUUAUAUAUUGAAAACUCGAUAGGCUAAGAGAUCGGCUUGUGAUUAUAUUAUGAUCUGUGAAAGUGAAGGUUUUAUUACUGAAUGUCGCCAUUUUUACUAUUUGGUUUUUUUUUUAGAAUUAAAGUAUCGUGUUUUAUUCAUCUUAAUGGAAUAUAAACACACUUGACUCAUGUGAUUAUUGUUGGGAGUAUUUAUGCCCAUUUACUUUCAAACCCUUACGGAGGCAUUAACCAUGAGUUUGUUUAUGCCACGCGGUGUUUAUAUUUCAUUAUUGAGUGUUAAAUGUUUCGGGGGCUAAUAACACAUAUUCAGCUAUAUUUAUUUAUAUUAAAAGUAGAAUGAUUUAUUUUCGUGGUGAACUGAUUAAUAAUUGCAAAUAUGUAGUUACGAACCUUACUAUGCAAAGGAAUGAUAAAUUAUGGAAUAUACAGUGUCCCAUAAUAAAUGGAUAAAACGCAAAUGGUAAAUUUAGGCAAGUAGGCAGAUAUUGUAAAUCAUUUUGAAAAGCAUAUUUUUUUUUUUCUUAUAUUAAAAAUUCAGCACCUCCGAUUUAGUUAAUAAAUAAUUAGGUGGUGUUUAUACCAUUUGCGUUUUAUUCAUUAAUUACGGGACACUCUUUAUACGAAUAACUUAUUGAAAUUGUGGUUUAAAUUAAAAUAUCUUUACUAAAAAAUAAUUUGACAAAUAUUUAGUUAUCUUUGCCAUGUUUUAUUACAAAACAAGAAAUCUGCACUUGGGCCCACUCUUCAGAAUAAUACAGAAAUGAAGUGUUCUAAAAAUCUUGUUUUUUUUUAUACUAGAUUACUCCAUUUGAAUCUAGACGAAAUAAUAUUGGCCAACAGGGAAAAUAAACUGAUUUCAUUAAUUUCGUACUGAUCCAGCUUUACAAAUGCGUAUUUCAAUGAUUGUCAGCUGUCUUUGAAAAUGCGCCCUAUUUAUGAAUGUAAACGUCAAUGUCAUCAGAUUCGUUUGACAGUAAAUUAAUUCUAGAAUCUAUGUAUUAUCUUCACCAAACUGACAGUUUUCCAAGUGUAACUUUAACAAGUAAUUUAGCUGAUUUAGCCAACGUAGAUUUUUCUGAAAAUUGGCCUCAUGAGAUCUCCUUGUAUGUUCAAAUUUAUGGCCAAUUUUCAGCUUUGUAUCGUUUGAAUUUUUUGGGUCCGAGUUUGUAUGGAGACUGGGUUUGGGAUAAUUGACAAAUGUGUAACGUUAGCAUUAUAUGUAGAACUUGGAUGUGUUGUAUGUAUCAAACAUUUAGGGGUAUGCAAUUAUGGCGAAUCGUCCACGUCCGACAUGGCCGGUUUAACGAAUGUACGAAACGUCGUGAUGUGGUUGGAGAUGCUAAAUGUUACGUCCACUGUUUGAAAACUUGGUGCUGAUAAGGUUGACUUAUAUCUCAAAAUUAAAAUUACGAGCACAAGUCUUAUAAUCCUUUUCAACAGGAAAUGUUGUGAAAAUUACAAAAUAUUUGUUACUACUUUAACUAGCUUAGCUAGCUUUGGUCAGGGUAGGAAGUUUUUUUUUUUAAAAGUCAUACCACCUAGUAUAAAUCUAUACUAACUUUAUAAAGAGGUAAAGUUUGUGGUGUUCUCUGGAUCUACUGAACCGAUUUUGAAAGUUAUUUUACCACUAGAAAGUCACGUUAUUAGUGAGUGUCAUAGGCUAUUUUUAAUCCCCGUACUUCCGUGAGGAAGCGGGAACUACGCGGGUGAAACCGUGGGUCAUCGCGUAGUCUUCUAUAUUCGCUUAACGCAGGAUAACUCUACAAAUUAAAAUAUUUGUUUUCGAUGUAGGUAUUUUAAUUUAUUUUGGGAUAAAAUGGCUAGCUGACUAAACGCAGAAUGCUUGACAGUUCUUCUAUAAUUUAAUGACGUCACAAAGGAUUGAAAUGUCUUAUAAAACUCUUAUCUAUAAUCUGUGAGCAUGUUGCUUGGAAAAGAAUGCACAUAUAAUUUAAAGUAUGUAUCUCUUGUGAGACUGUGUCGGUUAGGAGGAGAGUGUAAUGUUAGUUAAGUGUACUUUUGUAUCAUAUUAUAACAUUAUUAAUUAUAUGGGAUUUUUAAA